GGAAAUAUGAACAGAGCCGGGCAGAGCCCGCAGCAGCACCACCAGUUAGGCCACGGCUCCCCAGCUCCGUGGGAGCAGCUCGAAGUGUUUCCUUCUCUCACCAACCCCACUGUGACUUCCCAGUGCUUUGGGAGCCGCGGCUCCCGCACCAACAGGUUUUGAAGGAUUGGCAUCGCUGCUGCCUUCGGGACCAGUUCUGCAGAGGUUGUUUUCCUCCUUUCUCUUCCUGCUCCAUUUCCUGCGAUGGGUUUGUUGCAAAAGAUUCUCAUCCCCGUUUUGGGACUGGUUUUGGCCUUCUGUUUUUAUUCGUCGAGGGAGAAUUUCAAACCUGAGAUGCUGAAAGGGAAGCGUGUGAUCGUCACCGGAGCGAGCACCGGCAUCGGGGAGCAGAUGGCCUAUCACCUGGCACGGAUGGGAGCCCACAUCUUGGUCACGGCGCGGACGAAGGCGAAGCUGCAGCAAGUGGUGGAGAGGUGCCGGGCACUGGGGGCCAGCUCAGCACGGCUGGUCAGCGGCAGCAUGGAGGACAUGGCCACCACCCGGCAGCUGGUGGAGGUGGCCGAGGCUGAACUGGGAGGCCUCGACAUGCUGAUUCUUAACCACGUUGGCAAGUCGUACUUCAAUUACUUUGAUGGGGAUGUUGGGCAUGUCCAGAAGCUUCUGGACAUCAACUUCCUGAGCUACGUGGCCAUGACAGUCUCUGCCCUUCCCAUGCUGAAGCGGAGCGGGGGCAGCAUCGUGGUGGUCUCCUCCAUGGCAGGUAAAGUUGGGUUUCCCUUUACCGUCCCCUACUCUGCAACUAAGUUUGCCCUGGAUGGAUUUUUCAGCUCCCUGAGGCAGGAAUUCAGCAUCCAGAGCGUUAAUGUUUCCAUCACCCUCUGCAUCCUUGGCUUCAUUGACACUGAGAACGCCAUGCGUGCAGCUGCCGACGUUCUCCUGAUGUCCCCGGCACCCAAAGAGGAAUGCGCCCUGGAGAUCAUCAAAGGAGGAACCCUGCGCCAACGCGAGGUGUAUUACCGCUAUGCAUCCACCAAACUGCCUCUGCUGCUGCGGGAUUGGGCCGCCGAGCUGCUGGACCUGCUGGUUCGGCAGCGGUACCGCCCCGAGCGGCUGCGGGCAGCCUGAGCUGAGCCGAGCAACGGCACCGCCGGGCCGACAGCCGCCUCUGCUGGCCGCAGAUGUGCCUGCAGCCCUCCCUAUUAAUUACCUUUAAUUACCGCCUCGCCCCGAGAGGAGCCGGCUGGGACCCCCCGGCUGCGCUGAGGAUUCCUGCAGGUGAGCCCUUCCUGCUUGGAAGCAUCCAUCCUGGUUGGAGCCGAGCCCUUCCCCAGGCCUGGGGAAAGCAGUAACUAACUGAUUAUUAAGUGCAGCUUACUAACCUCGUUGUGUGCUCUGCGGGUUUUAUGUUGUUUUGUUUUUAACCUCUUUUUUUCCAUUACUAAAUGCUGCUGCAAAUGGGCAUCAUUCCAUUGACUUGCCUUUCUCUGAUCACUGAAUAUUAACAAUAAACCAUUAUUUCAUUGGAAGAACAACA